AUGAGUGCCGGGGCUGAUCCCUGGGCCGAUCCCGUCGUUGGUGCCUUGCCAGGUGCCGUUUCAAGCCUCAGGACGACUGGAGAUAAUCCGUGGGCAACGUCGUCACAGACAGCAUCGCCCAUUCUCGGUCAGUCAUCUGACAGCCAACACACAUCUUCUCCGAAGGCCAAAUCGGAAGGAACGGAAUCUCAGGAAUCAGGCAGAGGACAGAAGAAUUUGAGCAGCAGCGCCCUGGGAGAAGCAACCUGGGGCGAGUAUGGGCUUCCUAAGCUAGGCCAUGCGGCUGCCAAGUAUUGGCCAAUGAAGAAGGACUUCACAUCAUUGAACAAUGGCUCAUACGGGCAUUGUCCGAAGCCAGUUUGCGACACGUAUAAGCUUCUACAAGAUCGGCAGGAGGAGAGCCCGGAUCUCUUUCGAAGAACGAUGAUGAAGGAACUGCUCUUGGACUCGUGCUCAAAGGUCGCCAAGCUCCUCAAUUGCGACGCGGCUGAUGUCGCCAUGAUUUCCAAUGCCUCAACGGGCACCAAUGCUGUUCUGCGAGACAUCGUGUAUUCGACGGGAGACGCAAUUCUGUAUCUUUCGACAGGCUACGGAGCUGUGGAACGCAACAUCCAAUACCUGAUCGACACAGAAAAAAAGCGCGGAGUGGAGCUUCACAAGGUGGCCGUCCCCGUCAGGCUGCCCAGUACCCACGAUGAAAUUAUGAAAAGCUUCGGUCGCACCAUUAACGAGGCGCAAUCUCAAGGGAAGCGGAUCAGAGUUGGGGUCGUUGAUACGAUAUGCUCUGUUCCUGGCGCAAAGAUGCCAUGGGAGCAGAUGGUCAAGCACUUGCGCGACAAACAGAUUCUCUCCCUCGUUGACGGUGCGCAUGGCAUUGGCCAGAUUCCCAUCGAUCUUUCGACGGUGGACCCAGACUUUUUCGUCAGCAAUUGCCACAAGUGGUUCUAUGCUCAUAGGGGUUGCGCGGUCUUUUACACCGCAAAACGCAACAAGGGUAUUCAAAGGGCUAGUUUGCCCAUUGGUUGGGAUUACGAGAGCGAUCCAUCUCCAGAGUCCAACACCUGGUGGGCGCAGUGGGCCACUCCUGGAACGAUUGACAAUUCGUCUUUCAUGACUGUGUCCGCUGCCCUCGAUUUCCGGCAGAUGCUCGGAGGAGAAGAGAGGAUAAUGGCGUAUAAGCGAGAGUUGGCCAUCCAGGGCGGAAUCGCAGCGUCCCGAAUUUUGGGUACAAGCGUCAUGGACGUUCCCGGCAACCAGCUGACGGCGGCCAUGGUCAACGUUCGUCUUCCCAUAGUUUUCCCGCCUACCUCUUCUGGGGAAGGAAGAGACAAAGGGCGAGAAUGGGAUCCGGCGAACGAUCUCAUGUGGAUAAGAGGAGGCCACAACUACUUUUUCGAGACACAGAUGAAUGAGUUCAAGCUGGCGACAAUGGUCUUCGCUCAUGACGGAAAGAUAUGGGCGAGGUUUUCGGCAGAGGUAUAUCUCGAAGUGUCCGACUUCGAAUAUGCUGCGAGGGUUCUUCUCGAGAUUUGCAGGCGAAUCAACGCAGGGGAAGCUUUGCGAAAGGACAGUUCGGCCACUGCUUGA